CACAGAAUGUGUGUGAAUGCGCACCAUAUCAUAUAAUUUUCUGUCUAAUUUUUAUCGUCUGUUUAUGUUAUAGAGAGGCAGUACAAGAGUACACAACAGAAACACUUAAGCUGGCUGAGGAGAUCUUUGCCAACAUCUCUUUGUUAAUGGGAAUGGAUAAAGAUGCCUUAAAACGGUUGCAUGGGAAGAUCAUGAAGCAAGCAAUUCGAAUGAACUACUAUCCAACCUGCUCGAGGCCUGAUCUUGUGCUUGGUGUUAGUCCACAUUCUGAUACAAGCACCAUAACCUUACUUCUCCAGGAUGAUGAUAUCACUGGUCUCCAGAUACGGCACAGGGAAGGAUGGGUUCCUGUGAAACCAAUUCCAAAUGCUAUAGUAGCAAAUAUUGGUGAUGUUAUUGAGGGUUGGAGCAAUGGAGUGUACAAAAGCAUUGAGCACAGAGCGGUGACGAAUGUGACAGCGGCAAGAAUGUCCGUUGCAACAUUUGUGAUCCCAGAUGACGACGUGGAACUAGGUCCAGUGGAGACAAUGGUGGAUGAUUAUAAUCGCCCUGUAAUGUACAAAAGCAUCAAGUAUGGCGAUUACCUCAGAUAUACUUUUUCAAAGAAAAUGGAUGGAAAAGCCAACACCGAGCUUCUCAAAGCUGGAAACGAAAGCAUUUGAAUUGCUGCUACCACUUCUUUCUACUUGGGUUUAUUUUUAUUUUUUUUUGUGACCAUCUGUUGCUAUUUAGGCCUUAAGUUUGAUCUUGUUACAAGAAAGAGAUUCAUACUCUGUGACAUUUGAUCGAAAGAAAAGGGAAUGUGGAUGCCAAUUAAGUUAAUUAUAAAAUCGUUGGCAUUUAGGCC